AUGGAACUUUUUGCUGGGUCAUGUCGUUCUGCGUAUGCUCCAGGACUAAAUGUCACUGUUGAUGAACAUCUGUGUACGUUCAGAGGAAGAUGUGGUUUUAAGGUUUACAUCCCAUCAAAGCCAGGGAAACAUGGCCUUAAAAUUUCGAUGUGUUGCGAUUCGGACAACUUCUAUUGCUCAAAUUUACAGGUGUACUGUGGCAAGGUUGGCAAUGCUCCUGAGCGAGAACAAGGUAAAAGGGUCACACUCGACCUGACUAGUCAACUGUUUGGCACCGGCAGAAACGUGACAACUGAUAACUUUUUUACAAGUGUCUCAUUAUCACAAAAACUGCUGCAAAAGAGCCUUACACUCGUUGGCACUGUACAUUCCAAAGCCUCGCAAGGCAGUAACACUCAUGUCAACCAUUUCACGAACUAA